GCCCGGAACGGAAAGGAAGUGAGGAGUCGCGGCUGAGCGGAACCUCCCCGGGUGGGGCCCGCGCUCCGCCGCGCCCCGGGCGGGCAAGCUGGGACAUCUCACGGUCUCCUCGGUCCUACAAAACUGCCACCUUCGCCCUCCUCGUGGCCACUCGAGGCAUCUGCGACCCCUUGAGAGCAGAGGCGGUCGGGCCCUGGCGGAAAGGUCCCCACAAACUUAAGACCGUAGGUGUGGCGGAGACACCGGCGUCAGCUGACCGAACCUGCGGGCUCCAGGUGCUAGUGUCGUGCCUGUCGUGGACGCAUUCUGACUCGGGGCCCUUCCUCUCUCUGGAGACUGCCUAUGGCUGGGGACCGAGUGAGGUCGUUGCCUUGACGACGGCAGCAUGCGGCCCGCGGUCCUCGGAAGUGUGAGCUUGUGGAGGGCAGAAGCUUCCCUACCUGCUCCACCUAGGACCAGUAACUGCGUCCUCAGAGAAAAUCCCAGUCCUGGGAUUGCUCGUUUGCUAGUCAGUAUCUUUUAGAUCUGCUAGCGAGAUGCAUAUCACCUCCAAUUUGUUUCCAAGUUGAAAACCUUUGGCUCUUUCCAUGUGAAGGGUCUGGAAGAAAUACAAGAAAAAUUCCUACCGGUUUUAAAUUAAAAUGGAAAAAUAUGAGAACCUAGGAUUGGUUGGAGAAGGAAGUUAUGGAAUGGUAAUGAAGUGUAGGAACAAAGACAGUGGAAGAAUUGUGGCCAUUAAGAAGUUCCUAGAAAGUGAUGACGACAAAAUGGUUAAGAAAAUCGCUAUGCGAGAAAUCAAGUUACUAAAGCAACUGAGGCAUGAAAAUUUGGUGAAUCUGUUGGAAGUAUGUAAGAAAAAAAAACGUUGGUACCUCGUCUUUGAAUUUGUUGACCACACGGUUCUUGAUGACUUGAAACUAUUUCCAAAUGGACUAGACUAUCAAUUAGUUCAAAAGUAUUUGUUUCAGAUUAUUAAUGGGAUUGGAUUUUGCCAUAGUCACAAUAUCAUACACAGAGAUAUAAAGCCUGAGAAUAUAUUAGUCUCUCAGUCUGGUGUUGUAAAAUUAUGUGACUUUGGAUUUGCACGGACAUUGGCAGCACCUGGGGAGGUUUACACUGACUACGUGGCCACCCGAUGGUACCGAGCUCCAGAACUGUUGGUUGGUGACGUCAAGUAUGGCAAGGCCGUUGAUGUCUGGGCCAUUGGCUGUCUGGUCAUUGAAAUGCUCAUGGGACAACCCCUAUUUCCGGGAGAGUCUGAUAUUGAUCAGCUACAUCAUAUUAUGACAUGUUUAGGUAAUUUAAUUCCAAGACACCAGGAGCUGUUUUAUAAAAACCCUGUGUUUGCUGGAGUAAGAUUGCCUGAGAUCAAAGACACAGAAACAGAACCGCUCGAGAGCCGCUAUCCCAAGCUCCCUGAAGUUGUGAUAAAUUUAGCAAAGAAAUGUUUGCAUAUUGACCCAGACAAAAGGCCCUUCUGUGCUGAUCUUCUCCACCAUGAUUUCUUUCAAAUGGAUGGAUUUGCUGAGAGGUUUUCUCAAGAAUUGCAGUUAAAAAUAGAGAAAGAUGCCAGGAGUAAUUCUUUACCAAAAAAAUCUCAAAACAGAAAGAAAGACAAAGAUGAUGCCUUAGGUGAAGAAAGAAAGACACUUGUGGUUCAGGAUACAAAUGCUGAUCCCAAAAUUAAGGAUUCUAAAGUGCUUAAAAUAAAAGGGUCAAAAAUUGACGGCGAGAAAGCUGAGAAAGGAAGUAGAGCUUCAAAUGCCAGUUGUGUCCAUGACAACGGGACAAGCCACAUCAAAGGCUUGCCUUCCACGAGCCUCAGGGACUGCAGCAAUGUCAACAUUGACCACCCAAGAAACCCAGGCAUGGCGAUUCCUCCGCUCACGCACAAUCUUUCUGCAGUGGCUCCUGGUAUUAGUGCUGGAAUGGGGACGAUUCCUGGAGUUCAGAGUUACAGAGUGGAUGAGAAAACUAAGAAAUACUGUAAUCCAUUCAUUAAACCAAAUCAACCUUCUCCGUCAGGAAUUUAUAAUAUGAAUGUGACCACAUCCGUCUCUAGUGAAAAGUACCUCCUUCAGGCUAAUAAGAAAAGGAAGGAAUAUUCCAAAGCAGAUGUGCGAUUGCCUGAACUAAACUAUAAUCAUCUUCCAGAACUGAGAGCUUUAGAAGGCAUAGCUCGAAAUUCGAGGCUAAUCAAGAAAGAGAACAAAUCCCUUUCCGAAUCUCGAAUUCCCUCUCUGGCCGCGAUUGACCUGCAUGCUUCCAGCAUUGUGUUACACCAGGGAUCAGGAUCUCCCCUGUCGGAUGAUUCUGAGGGUGAUUUGCCUCGGAUGGAGCAUCAGCACUGAGACUCACUUAACCUGAACAGGACUACACAGUAACCACAAGUAUUACCAACAUAUUCAACAUGAGAAAGUAAGCAACAUGAAAGUCAGUUUCCAGGAAGAUUCUGUGUAAAGUGUUUGGUGGUGUACCCUGCUUCUAGAUGCUACUAGCACUGAGAUGGCGUCCUCUUGCAACCAGAGCAUUGAUGCCCUAGAAGAGAUCUGUGGCUUGACUAUUUCCUUCUCAACUACCUACGUUUUCUAAGAAAGGCUUUGCAGAACAAGGCAAGACAGACUUCCAAAUACUUCAAAGGAAGAUUGAACAAGUGCCCCCCCCCUGCUGUUACCCCUUCACCUUUCCAACCUAUUUCAAGAUAUAUCCAUGGAAGAAUAGUGAUAUGGUUCUUGUUACAUGAAUAUGUAUUUGAUAUUAGCUAGAUUGUGUAUUUAAAGUUAUCUGAGAUUAAAAGUGAGUAAAAAGGGAAAGAAUCAUUAUAAAAGUCAUGUUUUGUGCAUUGAACUUUGUGUAUUAUCUAUAUAAAUGUUUACAGUUGAAGAAAAUGAAAACAAAAAGCUAGGAUCUAUAAGAGAAGUUUCCUUUACCUUAACUGUAAGAACACAUUUAAGAAGCUUGUUUCUAGGCACUAAGGUGGUAUGCGACUUCUGUCUGUGGUUGGAUGUCUUUGUUCUCUGUUGCUGUUGAUGUCCAGUCUGUGUGUCAUGGGAAUCUGGUCUUUUCUGAUCUAAGAACUGUGAUGAUACACCAGGCAACCCUUUCGUUUCUAAUGACUUGGAUUGGAUAGUCCUCUGUAGUGAGAGAUUCUGGUGCUAACAUUCUGUGUGAAAGGACAUGAUUGGAAUGGUGUGAAGGAGAGUUUUGUAGGUACACCUUGGAGUUAAGAACUGAGCUUCUCACCGAGGAAAAAGGUAUACAAAAUAAGAGGUGGUGCACAGCUGCUUACUAAUCCAACUAGUUCUCCUGGCUAGGCCAGUCACGAUUGAGCUACUCACCUGAGGAGGCUCUGUGGAAGCUCAUGGACUCCAGUCUUGUCUGUGAUAGUGGUUAUGAUAGAGGUUAAUAGUGGAUUGGACCCACAGAAAUUCCUAUUGCCUUUUUACCACAAAUACUUAGGCUUACCCAAAAGCCUUUUUACCAAGGUGCAUAGUCAUUUACCUGCAUUCCACAUACACUUUCUGAUGAACAGGUUUACAACGUUUUAGGUGAGAGGAUAAGACCAGUUUGACUCCAGGGUCCUGGUUCUGAGUUUCCAGCCAUGCCCCACAUUUAUCAUUUGGGAAUAUAGCUCUUCAGGGGCAGAAUUCAUGUAGGGUUUGGUUUGUUUGUUUGUUUGUUUUUGUUUUUUUCUCAAAAGCUGUUGACUAGAACUUAGCCUAAGAGCUGAACAAGAAUUCUUCAUUACCUUGGGGGAACUUAAAAAUGAAAUCCUAAAUUUGGACACUUGGGACCUCAAAGGAGCAGACAUUCAGGAGGAGGCAAAAAAGAAAAGGUUCCAACAUAAAAGUUUAUUGGUAGUCAUUAAGUUAAAAUUUUAUUUUUAUUUAAGAGCUGUGUUUUAAACAUUUGACCAAGCAGGGGUUUGCCUAGAUUAUUAGUAAGACUAACAUGCUGAUAAAGCCCCUCUGUCGGUAGAAGCAGGCCUUCUACUGGAACCCCACUCUUUUACUGUUCCACUGAAAACUCUUCCCAGUGGUCAGCAGCAUGAGAAGCAGACAGUGCUUAGCUGAGGGGCACUCCAGUGCCGUUUUCACUGAAAGGCCACUGCGGAAAUAUUAGCUUGAUGACUGAGGGUCUGUCAGCUACCUGACAAUUUGUAUACUUGAGUUUGGUGUCUUUGGUCUAUUAAGACAUGUCAUGAACUUUAGAAUUAAGGAAUUAAAAAUCAUUUUUCAAGACCUUACUGAUACUCGAAGAUCAGAUUUUGUCAGAACUUUGGUGUGGAACCAAAGAACUAGAGAUUGUUCAAAUCAAGUCUGUAGGUACUGACCGAAAUAAUAUCUUUUUCCAAUUUAUGGGUGUUUAGUCUUUUCUUACGAGAAUGCACUUUAUGUGAACAUGCUAAUGUGAAAUUAUUUUAAGUACUUUUGAGAGACAAUGGGCUUGCUGUGCCUACCUAUGUUUUAGAAUUAAUAAAUAUUGUCUAACUAAGCUCGAUAGAUGGUAUCAAUUUAUAUUAAUUAGACUAUAAAUAAUAUACAUGCCACUAUAUGGUAUUAAUAAAUAAAACUGAAGUAAUCAGUUAA